UCCAUAGCUUUGCUAAGAGUGCUGUUCUCUGGUCAACGGGACUGCAGAAUACAGAGUCUUUUGGCACAAGAGAUCCCAAACUGCAGCAGUCCCUUCACCAGGGUCUUUACGUCAGCCUCUGCCGUCUGUUUUCAGUUAUUCAGAUCUCCUCUGAGUUGUAUAUUACUGGACUUUGCCUUGAAAAUGGGGAUACGAGAUUAUAAAUUGAUUUAUCUUAUGACACUGGCUUUGCUUUUGAGCGCUUGUGCUUCAGAAGCAAAAGAAGGAAGCCUAGAUGAGAACGGGGAGAGUUUUGAACAAGAUGAUUUACAAUCAAUCACACAGCAAGAAGUAGUUGAUCCUGUGGAUGAAGAUGAAGAUAAAGGAUCCAUGGACACGCAAACUACAAGUCCUUUGCCCUUCACAGAGCUGGCCAAUUCCUCACUGGCUGAAAAUGGAAACAGCACUGAUGUGACUGGUGAACAGGUUCCUAAUGGCGAUCCAACAAAAAGGAGCAUCACAAAAAUCCACAAUCCUUUAUUUCCCUUCACUGACAGCUCUUACAGCGCUUAUGGGAUUCUCUUUCUGGCUUUUGUGGUGUUUGCCUUCGGCGUCGUGGGUAAUCUGGCGGUAAUGUGCAUCGUUUGGCAAAAUUACUUCAUGAGGAGCGCAUGGAACUACUUUCUUGCAAGUCUGGCUUUUUGGGAUUUUCUGGUGUUGUGCUUCUGUCUGCCUGUGGUGGUCUUUAACGAACUCACCAAUAAGAGACUGCUGGGGGAUUUCUCCUGCAGAGUUGUGCCUUACAUAGAGGUAACCUCUCUUGGCGUGACAACCUUCAGUUUGUGUGCUUUGGGCAUUGACCGCUUCCACGCUGCCACGAGCUCCAUGCCAAAGGCCCGACGAGUUGAGCGCUGUCAGAAGGUUCUGGCCAAGCUGGCAGUGGUGUGGAUUGGCUCCAUGGUGCUAGCAGCUCCUGAGCUGCUCCUGUGGCAGCUGCAUGAGGUGACACCACCUGGUGUGAGUGACCAAGUGGACACCUGCAUCAUGAGUCCAUAUCCAGAUCUCCCCGAAUCCAUCUAUUCUCUUAUUAUCAACUACCAUGACGCACGCAUGUGGUGGUACUUUGGCUGUUACUUCUGUCUACCCGUUGUCUUCACCCUGCUCUGUCAGCUGGCCACCUGCCACGUAUCCGGCGGGAGCGGAAGUUCUCCCAAGCGGCCUGAGGAGCGAUCUCCAUCCAAAAAACAAAAGCUUCAGCAUGCUCAGCAAGUCGAACGGCAGCUCAACUGCACUGUCAUGGCUCUAGCGGUGGUCUAUGGUGUCUGCACGCUGCCGGAGAACGUUUGUAACCUGACUUUGGCGUACGCUCCCAUCCAGGUGUCUGAGGAGGUCACUUCUCUUUUGGCCCUCAUAAACCAGUUCUUUCUGUUCUUUAAGUCAUCCGUGACACCUGUGCUGCUGCUUUGCCUGUGCAAGUCUCUGGGCCAGGCCUUCAUGGACUGUUGCUGCUGCUGCUGUGAAGAAUGCCAACCAAGCAACUCUUCAUCCACCCAAAAUGUCGCUGAAGGCAAGCUCAAGACCACUAAUGAUGUGUCCUCCAUUUUUUUUGACAAAGCCAAGGACAGUUCAACCAUCUUGUCAAUUGGCAGCUGAGUAGGCAGAUCCCAUCCUUAUGUGAUGACAUCAUGAGAUGACAUGGAACCUACAACCUACCUUCACCCAAUCAUCUACAAGUGGCCAUCUUUACAUGUCCAGUUCUUGCUGUUAUGUUGGAGCAAGUUAGCAUUAUUCAACAAGCCUGAGGCCAAUUUGCAAUUUUGGUGGAAACUUUUAGUUAAUAUCUAAAGAUCUAAGUUUGGCAUCUGAAGUCUAAUUCACUAUAAAUUAUGUUAAUAAAUCAUUCCAUAAUAUCUCAGGAUGGCUCAAUGUACCUAUAAAGUCUUAAAAGGAUAAUUCAUCCAAUAAUUUACUCACCCUCAUGUCAUUUCAAACCAUUGACUUUUUGACAUCUGUAGAACACAAAAGAAGAUAUUUUGUAAGAUGUCUCCAUGUUUAUGUCCAUACAAUGGAAGCCAGUGGCGUCCAGUGUUGUUUUGGACCCCAGUGACUUUCAUUGUAUGGACAAAACAAUUCUUAUAUUUAGAGGUUCAAGCGCAUAGCACGGAAACCCUAUUGUAAUUGUUAGGAUGGCAAAGGAUCAGCAUUCUCCACCUAAAAUUGAUUGGGCAGACCAAACCGUAAGUUGUAGAGACAUGAAACUUGGACGUAUGGUAGUACUCAUACCAUCUACAACGUCACCAAGGCUCGCCCCAUUUGGCCUAAUGGUGGCGCUACAGCGAUCAAAAGUGCAAAAUCGCUUAUAACUCCUAAACCAUUGGUCGCAGACUUAAUGCCUUAUAUCUUUGGAAUCCUUGGCUCACAAUGGACAAAACAGGCGAAUUUUUUAAGUAUUUUAAAAUUUUUGAAAAACCUACUUUUGCAAACUAGUCCUAGGUUUUUCGCCCAAUCCGAACCAAACCAGUGCAGAAAGAUUCUCUGGAGAGUGAAUAUCAACAACUAUCAAAAAAAGUUGAACUUUCAACUCACUGUUGCAAUGGGACACCAAAAAGUUCAUAAGGGGCAGAGCCACUUUUACUAAAAUGCCUACAACUCUUCAAUGGAAAGAGAUAUUUUUGCCAAACUCUGAACACGUAUGUAUGAGUUUGGCAACUAGGUGGUACUACAACAGGGAAACAAACUUAAGCUAUAACUACUCACCCAUUCGGAUCGAAGGAUCAACUUAAAAAUUAGUGUGCCAUGUUUUUAUUCAAAGUGCCGCAGGUGUCUAUGAAGACAUUUGCGAAUCUCAAAAAACAUGGCUGGCAUGGGCCAAUGAAUUUUGAGCACCUAUUAAACAAGGUUAAUGGAGAACAAAAUCAGUGGGCAUGUUCAACUCAUGGGCAUAGAGGUCUUUAAGAAAUUGUCCACUAGGGGGCGCUAACAAAUUUUACACCUCUGUAAUCACGUGGUGUUUUACACAUCCACACAAUAUUCACGCAAUAUUUAAUUAACAGAUCUCCUUGUACUGAGCACCUUUACCUUAAGAACCACUGCUGUCAAUCAAAUCAUUCAUUAAACAUUCUUGAUUAUGCAAAAAAACUACUUUUGCGAACUAGUCCUAGCACCUCAGCACAAUUCUCUGUACUCUCUAGAUUAAUAAUUAAGAAAAAAAUUUAACUUUACCCUUAGGGUGGCUAUAACGGGGUCAUUUAGAAAAGGGGCGUGUCCAAAUAUACCCAAAAGCCUAUAAAUCCUAAAUGAAAACUCAAAACUUCACAAAACUAGGUGAGUACAUGCAACAAUCUGAACAGAUUCUCUACAAGCAAGUUUUAUGGAGAUCAGACCAUAGGUGACGCUAUAACAAUCAUACACAUUAAAAAUCAUAAUAUUUCUAUGGUAAAUUACUCAAAAGUGUUUUUUAAUCCCUGAUUUAGGUAGUUACAAACUUGCUAAAUAAUACGUAAUGUAGUUUUUAUAUGUGCUUAAAUGUCUUAAAGAGUUUGAACCUUGAUAAUCACUGCUUGCAGCUAUAUUCUCUUUUGUGUUCUGCAGAAGAAAGGAAGUCAUACAGGUUUGGAACAACAUGAGGCAAGUAAAUAAUGCCAGACUUUUGAUUAUUGCGUGAACUAUCCCUUUAAUAUAUGACCAGGGUCUCAACUCAAGUCACUGUAAUUUUGACUUCAAAUGUCCCACAUACAUACUUCUACUUUUCUGUACAGACAAUUAUAAAUUUUACACAUAGCUCCGAGUGUAUCAAUAUUUAGCUAAACACUCUGUGAGAUCAGAAAUGCAGUGAAUACUACCAGAUCACAAAUAACUCAUCAUCUUGUUCAUAUAAUAGGAAAACUUGCGAAACAAGAAUGUAAGGAGUAUUUGUCUGUUACUCAGGCAAAUGUUAUUUAUCACUAAUUCGAAUUAAUGCCACUUUUUUCAUAACCACUGAACAUUCGUCUACACUGUGUAUUGUCAACUUCUGUAUAUAAGCACUCAACUGUAUUAGAAUGUAAAUAGAUCAUUUUUGGAAGCAAACUCCCUGAGCAAACUAGCUUUUGAAGCCCCUUCGUGUAGUACGGUAAGACAAAAAGACAGAAAUUGAAUGGUGUACCUCCUCAAGGGACUAUUGUAACUUUUGCACAUAGCUGCUUUCAUAAGCAAAAGUCCAGUUUAGUGAACAGUUUAUAAAACUCUAUUCAAUAAAUGCCUUUAAAUAAUUUA